GUGCCGAGUCCUUUGGGUUGUUCUCCUGCAUGAUCAACGGGGAGGAGCAGGAGCAGACUCACCGUGCCGUCUUUAGGUUUGUGCCUCGUCAUGCGGAUGAACUGGAGCUGGAGGUGGACGAUCCUUUGCUGGUGGAGGUGCAGGCAGAAGAUUAUUGGUACGAGGCCUACAACAUGCGGACGGGUGACCGGGGCAUUUUUCCUGCCUACUAUGCUAUUGAAGUCACCAAGGACCCAGACCAUGUAACAGCUCUGGCCAAAAGCAGCGACUGGGUGGACCAGUUUCGGGUGAAGUUCCUCGGUUCCGUGCAGGUUCCCUAUCACAAGGGCAACGAUGUGCUGUGCGCGGCCAUGCAGAAGAUUGCCACCACGCGCCGCCUCACUGUGCACUUUAACCCACCCUCCAGCUGUGUCCUGGAGAUCAGCGUGCGUGGGGUCAAGAUUGCUGUGAAAGCCGAUGACUCCAAGGAGCACAGCAAGGUAAACAAGUGUAGCCAUUUUUUCCAGCUGAAGAACAUUUCUUUUUGUGGGUACCAUCCAAAGAACAACAAAUAUUUUGGGUUCAUUACCAAGCACCCUGCUGACCACAGAUUCGCCUGUCAUGUCUUCGUCUCGGAGGAGUCCACGAAGCCACUGGCAGAGUCUGUAGGGAGGGCUUUUCAGCAAUUCUACAAGGAGUAUGUGGAGUACACGUGCCCCACAGAGGACAUCUACCUGGAGUAGGGGCUGGCACAGGCACCUCCUGCACAGUCAGGGCUGCAAUCUCGCCCCUUCCCCGUGUCGUGCAUGGACAAGAGCUGCUUUGAGCCUGGAGGAGGAGCGGACCCGGGGCAGGGCUCCCCGGGGCACAGAGUGCCGCCUCUUUUCAUGACUCCCCUUCCUCGGGCUGGGGCGGCGGGGGAUGGGAGGGGGGAGGGCUGGACAAAUUGUGUUUAUUGUACAAAAUACUCUUUAGUUUAUUCUAUUGGAGAAGCACCUGCUGGGUGCCCUGCCUGUGAGCAGCAGAGGGGUGGGCAGCAGCAUGCUCAGGCCCUUUCCUGCUGCGGGCUGGGGUGACAGCAUCUCCUUGUGACCAUGGCCCAGCUUCCCGUCACAUCCCUCUGGGGUGACUUUUAAUGCAGUGGCAGAGUCGGACUCUCGCAGUAUGACGACGCAGCAGCUACA